AUGGAGAAUCUCAAGAAAACAUCCUCAAAAAACAACAAAGGAUACUAUGUUAAAAUGAAACUCAUGCACAACAACAAACAUGGUUUUAGACCUCAACAAGAAAAAUACAACUCUUUCCAUAAAUACUUCAAAUGGAUUCUCUGGCUUUCUCUUUCUCUCUAUUUCUUCACUUCCUACCUCAUCAGCAACAACAACAAUAACAACAAUCACCCUAAACCAACCCACAUCAUAAAAUCACUUUCUCAAUCUCAAUCCUUUUCCACCAACAAAACAACAUCAAAUAUAAAAAAUCUCAAGAUAUUCAUCUACGAUCUUCCUCCGAAAUACAACACAGUUUGGCUCACAAACCAACGAUGCAAAACUCAUUUAUUUGCUUCAGAAGUUGCUAUCCAUAAAGCUUUGUUAACAAGCGAUUCUCGAACUUUUGACCCUUAUGACGCUGACUUUUUCUUCGUACCCGUUUACGUUUCCUGUAACUUCAGCACCGUUAAUGGCUUCCCUGCCAUCGGUCACGCGCGUUCCUUAAUUUCUUCUGCAGUUCAUCUCAUCUCAUCUGAUUACCCGUUCUGGAACCGAAGCAGAGGCUCCGACCAUGUUUUUGUAGCUUCCCAUGAUUUCGGCUCUUGUUUCCAUACCCUGGAGGACGUGGCCAUCAAAGAUGGUGUACCUGAAAUCAUGAAGAGAUCAAUUGUGUUACAAACGUUUGGCGUCACCUAUGAUCAUCCUUGUCAGAAGGUUGAACAUGUUGUGAUACCGCCGUUUGUUUCACCGGGAAGUAUAGUUAACACGUUGAAGAAUUUUCCGGUGAACGGACGGCGAGAUAUUUGGGUUUUCUUCCGUGGGAAAAUGGAAGUUCAUCCUAAGAAUGUUAGUGGAAGAUUUUACAGCAAGAAAGUGAGGACGGUGAUAUGGAAAAAUUUCAACGGCGACCGGAGGUUUUAUCUUCAACGGCGGAGAUUUGCCGGUUAUCAGUCGGAGAUUGCUCGUUCGGUGUUUUGUUUAUGUCCUUUGGGGUGGGCCCCAUGGAGUCCGAGGUUGGUUGAGUCUGUUGCGUUGGGCUGUGUGCCGGUUAUUAUAGCGGAUGGGAUUCGGUUACCGUUUCCUUCCGCCGUGAAGUGGUCGGAGAUUUCAGUUACGGUGGCGGAAAAGGAUGUUUGGAGGCUAGCGGAGAUAUUGGAAAAUGUGGCAGCGAGUAAUUUAAGCUUGAUUCAGAGGAAGUUGUGGGACCCACGGACAAGGAAAGCACUGCUUUUUAAUAGUAGGGUCCAGGAAGGGGAUGCCACGUGGCAGGUGUUACAUUCUUUGAGUGAGAAGCUGGGUAGGUCUUAUAGGAGUUCGAGGGUUUCACGCCAAUUAGAUUUUGACACGUAAUAGGUUUGAAUAUUGGAAUUUUACACAUAGAUAGAUUCACACACAUCGGAAAAGAAUAAAUGUAAAUAAUAAAUAUAAAGAAGAAUUAGUGGAGUACAGCUGGAAAUGAAUGGGUGAUGAUGGGACCCAUUGAAUGACAUGGUAGCAUUGAUUUGUUGUCCGUGCGGUUUUGAAUAGUUUGAGAGAUACUAUUAUUAUGUAAAAUCAUUUUUGCUUGUAAAUAAAUUGUAUAUGAAUAUAAAAAAUAAA